GUCGUCCGAUAUUCCGCAAUCUUCACCGGUAUCAUCUAUGGCAUAGUCCACCAACGGACAUUACAACGGCAAUAUGAUGAGCAAAAGGCCAAACACCAUGUCGCUCACCGAGAACAUCUGAUUGAGGAGGCACGGAAAGCGUACGCUGCGAAGAAGGCUGCUGAGAAGGGUGGUGCAUCAUCUCUGAUAACCGACCCAGAUGACCCACGAUUCGACCUGGAGAAACUGGUAGAGUCAUGGACGAAAGAAUCAUAA